GAGAACUUCAGAGAGAUUCAGACAGCAUGGCUCCCCACACACUGCUGCUACUCCUGGCUCUGGUCACUGGCACAUCCUGCUCACACUUCGCAGGUGGCCAGAUGAGCUACUACCCAAAGGGACAAGACAUCUAUGGAAACUAUCAGGUGGACCUGCACUUCAAGGAGAGCUUCCUGGGCUCCUGUAGCCUCAGUAACCCUUGGACCUGCUCCACUGGGGACUGCGGGGUUGUUGCUUCAACUCAAAUCAGCGCUGUAUCCAGUGGAAGUGAGGCUUGUCAACAAGAGGGAAUCGUGCAGGUUAACGUGACAACGAACAAGCCUUUUGAAAUGAGCUACGGUUCAUGUUGCUGGGUGAACAAUGUACGGACUGGUUCUGGCCCCUGGAAUUUGGUGUCACAUGUGGAUCUGGGAAUCAGGUCAGACACAAGAGCUCCAAAUAGAUCUCCACUAACGACUAUCCUGCCGGUUAUCAGUCUUGCAAAGAACUGUCCUGCCACAAUCAAACUGUUGAGUCAUGACCAGGAUGGAGACCGGGUCAGAUGUAGAUUUGGAAAUAAUGGUGACUGUGGUAUGUGUGCUUCCCACACACAAUUCCACCUGGAUGAAGAGACCUGUGAGCUGCAUUACCGUGGCAAUGCUACCACUGGUACCCAUGUGUUUGAAAUUGUUGUGGAGGACUUUCCCAGAAAAGCUAUCUGGCUAUCUUACUCUGAUGGAACUAAAACAGUCAAACACCCACUGCCUUCAACUCCCAGUAGCUCCGUAAAACCAAUAAGCAAGGUUCCUUUGCAUUUUGUUAUCAAGGUGAAGCCAUCAUUGGCAAGCUGUACUGCAGGCUUGCUCUUACCUCUUCUUGUGACCCCAAGUCCACAAUAUGGAGACAUCUUGAAUGCCACAGUCGGCGAACCCCUGGAAAUCCACAUUGCUGCACAGGCUCAGCCAAGCAUUACUGACAUUGUGGCGACUGGGCCUUUAGGCAUCAGUCACACCUUUAAUAUUGGAUCUGGUAAAAUGAUCACAAAAUGGGUGCCAAAAGAAAGAGAUGUGGGUGACCAUUUUCCUGUCUGCUUCAGUGCAGAGUCCCGAAGUGGGGGGAAUUCCUACCAUUCAGCAAUGCGAUGUGUCAUUGUGAGGGUUGUGCCUAAAAUUGGUGAAAUGAAUGUGAUUUGCACGGAGACAACCAUGACGGUCGAAGCUGAAAGGUCCUUAGUCCAUGGAUUGGAUCAAACUUCCUUAAACCUCCUCGACCCGUCAUGCACAGUGUCUUCCAAUAACACCCAUGUGUUCGCCACCGUACCCCUGGACGCCUGUGGGACACUGGCUGUGGGGUCAAGUGACAAUGUCACCUUCAGUAAUGAACUUAUGAAGAUAGAAAAAGCUGGCGCUGUCAUUACCAGGACAGAUGACGUGGAGCUUCAGUUCUCAUGUAGCUUCACUAAAAAGGGGAGUGUAUCUACAUACUUCAAGGCACUCAAACUUACCAAGACGUUCGUGGAGGAAGGCUUUGGCAAGUUCUCCUUUGAGUUCCAGUUCUUCCACAGUCAGCAUUAUGAAAUAAAUGUGGACCCCAGUACUUACCCCAUCGAAGUAAGGCUGAAGGAAAUGAUCUACAUGGAAAUCAAAUCAAAAUCCUCCCUUCAAAACACCGUGCUCUUUGUGGAGUCCUGCAAAGCCACCCCAGAAGAUGACCCCAACCACGCCACAUUUUACAGCAUCAUUGACAAUGGCUGUAACAUGGAUAAAACUCUGCAAGUGUAUCCAUCUCAGAGCAAUGAAUUCCGCUUUGGAAUGCAAGCGUUCAAAUUCAUUGGGAUGCACACUGAGGUGUACAUGAGCUGCUCAGUCAUGCUGUGUCUGGCUGGAGAUCCUAACACAAGGUGUGCACAAGGGUGCAUCAGUCAGAGCCAUAUUGUUAAGAGAUCUGUGCCUGGACAGACUGCCAGACACGACAUAAUGCAGGGCCCAUUGCGGCUGAAGAGGAGCUCCGAUGAUGAAGGUCUUCGUGUUUCCAGUGCUCCCAGUGUGAACUUCAACCUGAAUUUCCUGGCUGUAACUUUGCUGGCUGCUGUGGCCCUUGUGUGUGCAGUGGUGGUCUACAAGAUAAAGAAGUCAAGUGUCGGUUACAAGCAACUUCCCUCCUCUCAAAUCUGAGGCUAUGUCAGAAUAAAAGUCAACAAAUUUAAAUGCAAUUGCAAAUCAUUUGCAAACAACACGUUGGGAUACAUGUAAAUAUUGGGGUAGUAUUUGAUAAUAGCUUAAAACAGGAUUAAUGCAUGACUUCUUACAAGAGACAGAGUAGCACUUUAAGCUCAUUCCUUCUACCUAAUAAUAGAUUUAAGCUGGUGUUGUCUCGCACAUGAAUAAUUUUUUUAGAGUGGGAUAUGCUAAAAAAGUAAAUUGAAAAAGUAACUAUUAUUUAAAAUUAUGAAACAAUAUUGUUAAAUAGUGUAAAAUAUUUGUUGAAGUGUGCUGAACUACAUAAAACAAUGCUGUGUUUUUCACAGGGUGAUUUUGGUGUUUGAUCUUUCUUUAAUAAAAUUUGUUUUGUGUUUA